AUGGCCUACAAACCCAUCGAGUUCCCGACAAAAAUCUUAUGUGUGAACCGCUCCCUGACUAGCCUGGCCCGCCCGAGGCCUCGGCGGCCCUGCGGCCCCGCGCCUGCUCCGCAGCAGAGCCCGCCGCCCGCCCCGGCCUCCCGCCGCCCGCCCCGGCCUCCCGCCGCCGCGUGCCUCCCACCCCGGCUCCCGUGUCCCUGCGGCGCCGCUCACCCGGGCCGGGCCGGUCUGGCGUCCGAGAGACCGCGCAGCGCGAGAGGAGCCGGGCAGGACGAACAGGGAAGGAAGGGACGCGCCCCGCAGCGCUUGGGGCCUCCGCCAGCCGCCGAGGAGGGACCGAGCAGAACCGGGAGCACGACAGCCCGCGUCUCGCACACCCGCCGCAGCGCGCGCCCGCCGCGCCUGAGCCCGAGGCAGGCCCGUCGCUCGUGCCCGCGCACGCCGCCGCCGCCGCGCUCCCAGCCGCCUCAGCGCCGCCGGCCCGCCUGCCCGCCCGCGCGGUUCCGCCCCUCGCCUUCCUGCCGCGGCUCCGCCCCGUCCCUUUCGCAUGCCCUCGCCCUUCCGGUCGGGCCGGCCAAUGGCAGCGCUCCCCUGUUACAUAAGCGCGGAGGGGGCGGGGCCUUGGACGGGAACUGCGGGGCCGUCGCCCCUGCGCCCGCUUCCCGCGCGCGCUCCUGCUUCCGGCGGCCGCCGCCGUGCGUGACCUCGGGCCUGCGGGCGGCCGAGCGGCUCGCGAGGAACUCGCUUGUUCGCCUGCUCUCACCGGGCCUCGCGCCGCCGCCCCUGCCGCCUUCGUGCCUCCCUGGCCGGCCGAGCGCCCGCUGAGGCUCUGGCGGGGCCGACGGUCAGGCUAGCGGCCAUUGUUCUCUCACCGGGUCGGUGCUCAGGGCAUUUUGACCUACCAGGGCCUUUCACUUAGCUGGGAGACUCGCGCCUGACCAUCUGCUUCAGUACCCCCGGGCCCGCUUGGCCUGUAAUAGGUUGGCCACCGGAUUGCUAAUAUUUGGGAUAAAAAAAAGGUCACUCCCUGCCGUCACUCGAUAGACAA